CACACUUUAAAAUUUGACAUUAUACCUUAUAUAAGCUGUCAUUCUCAAUUGGCAGUGGAAUGUGCUUUGAAUUUCACGACAUACCCGUUCGUGGCAUCGUUUGGUGAGUGUUGGAAUGUCCAAGAGAAUAUAAGCAGCUGGACCGCAGAUGGCUUCCCGGCCACCAUGUGUUGCCGCAAUGCCCUCACAGCUUUGUCGGAGGCACUGGCCUUGCAUAAUCACAGCCUACAUGGACCACUCUUCGUUUCCCCGCGUCAAUGGCAGAACUGCAGCACCUUAUUCUACUCCCAAUAUAAGAUGCAAGCACACUCGUGUGGCUUUGACGCGUUGUUCAUGGACAAGGAAAUCUACCAUUGCUCCAACUUGGCUAUGCAAGAUGUUGCAUCCAUGCCGCAGUACCAAGAUACCUUGAACCAAUGCUCACACUUCGAUCAACCGUUUGUUGAGGCAUGUCCCAAUUGUACCACUGCAAUAUUGAGCCUGAGAGACGCUUUGAACGGAGGCAACGGAGAUGGCCCAGACAGAGCCGUAUGCGGGGUGGCAGCUCUUGUUGCUGUUAUGGGUGGCAAACAAAAUGACCCAUCUCUCGCUGACAAAUUCUUACGCUGCUUGCCGCCGAUUUCGGUCAAAAAAUCAAAAUAUUCGGCAAGUCUAGUGUUAAUAAGCGUGCCAGUAGUGGUGGUAGUAUUGUUGUUGAUAGCUCUACUGGUAAAGUAUACACUCAAGAAGAAGAAGCAGCCAUUGAGGCCAUUUCAAUUGAAGGAGAUAACAUCAUGGGCAGGACUAUACUGCUUCACGAAACAAGAAAUCGAAAAGGCAAUGAAUUACAGGGAUGAGAAGAUAUGCCUAGGACGCGGAAGUGCCGGGCAGGUUUACAGAGGCGUUCUCCCCAGCGGUCAGCUUGUUGCCAUCAAGCAUUUGACCAAGAGCAGCCCUUCUGAUUCAUUCACUCGGGAGAUUCAAGGCCUUUCUAGACUUCGCCAUCCGAACCUUGUUUGUCUUUUUGGUUGUUGCAUUGAAGGUGACGAGAAAUAUUUAGUUUAUGAAUUUUGUGCUAACGGAAAUCUAGCUCAACAUCUACUAAAAAAAGACUGCCAUUUGAAUUGGGAAACAAGAGUGAAAAUUUUGAGGGAUUGUUCAUUUGCACUAAAGUAUCUCCACUAUCAUAUAGAAGGCUGCGUUGUCCAUAGAGAUAUAAAGCUGACAAACAUACUUCUGACGGAGGAAUACCAAGCGAAACUGUCGGAUUUCGGAUUGGCAAGGAUGAUGGGGGUAGAAGAGAGCAAGGUAUUCACAGACAUUAGAGGGACAAUAGGGUACAUGGAUCCUGAGUACAUGAGCAAUGCGAAGCUAACCUGUGCAAGUGACGUGUACAGCUUUGGGAUUGUGGCUUUACAAAUCCUUUCAGGACAGAAAGUGAUAGAGAUGGAUCUUGAUGCAAGAGACCAGCUGACCAGAAAGGCUCGAGAUGUAAGUAUGGGAAAGCGUCCGCUGAGAGAUUUUGAGGACCCGAGGCUAGGAGGCGAGGUUAACAAGGCGAACUUCGAAUCCAUAUUGCACAUAGCGGUUCUGUGUAUUGCAAAACACGGCAAGAAUCGUCCAACUAUUGAAGUUAUCUUUGACGAGCUCGACGCCGUCUAUAGGGACACCCGUUUACGCAUCUCCGCCGGAAAGCAAGACAAUAAUAAGCGCCCGCCAUCGUCGUCAACUCCAUCCACCAGCUCAAGCUCCAAGUCCCCCAAACAGAUCUCUGUUUGAUCCAUGUUAACAAAACAAACAUGGACUAUAUAUAAGGAUGCAGCUUGCAACUCUAUCUAUGCAGCGAUGGAGUGGUGUGGUGUGAAUGCUAUAUAUGUGUCUCUCCAUCUUGAAAUGCUCCCAAUACUCCCAUUAAAGGUGCUCUGUUCUGGCGAACAAGUUAUAUACUCCUGCGCCUCCAAUGGUAAUUCUUAUAGCGCCCCUACUGCAGCUAAACGGGAACGAUAGAUCCAAUACACUCCUCAAAAGGACUCAAUUGAGUUCAUUAGGUCGUCUUCAUCUAAUGAAAAAUGAAUCCGCUAAGUAGCCAAUGAAAAAUGAAUCCCCAAUGAAAAAUCUUUAUAAUGUGUACAAUG